AGUACGGAAAUUAUGGCGGCUAUGGAAACUAUAGUUAUUCUCAAGGAGGUUCAUCUGUAGCAACCAAUUAUCCACCUCCUCCAACUUAUGAUCAAACAACAUACAGUCAGCCUCCCCAAACCAGUGGCAGCAACCAAGCUAUUCUGAACAAAACCCACCACCACCCUAUCAACUAUUCUGAACAAAACCCACCGGAGCUGCUCCUGCUCCGAAUUAUAGUCAACCUCCACCUGCAGCUCCACCAACUAAUUAUGGUUCGCAACCACCUCCUUCUUAUGAUAAUAACAUGAGUGGAGGCGGUGGUGGUUACGGGCAAGGAGGAGGAGGCGGUUAUGGAGGUGGUUAUGGUGGUGGCGGAGGAGGAGGCUACCAAGCCUCUCAAGGAGGUUAUCAAGGUCAACCACCGCCUCGUCCUCAAGGCGGAGGUAACUAUGGCGGAGGUGGACGAGAUGGCGGUUAUGGUGGUGGUGGUGGCAGAGAUGGAUAUGGCAGUGGGGGUCGAGGUGGUUAUAACAAAGGUGGUGGCGGAGGUGGAUACGGUGGGGGUGAUUACAUUGUCCAGGAAGAUACGGUUUUUGUGUCUGGUAUGAACCCUGCCACAUCUGAAGGAGACAUACAGCAACACUUUGGAGCAAUUGGUGUCAUUAAGAUUGACAAAAGGAGUGGAAAGCCCAAAAUUUGGAUGUACAACGACAAGACUACUGGUUUGCCGAAGGGAGAGGCAACUGUAACUUACGAUGAUUCAAAUGCUGCCAGAUCUGCGAUUAAAUGGUUUGACAACAAGGAAUUUAAUGGUGCUACUAUAAAAGUGCAAAUGGCAACUAAGAGAGACAACUACAUGGGAGGACGAGGUGGCGGUAGAGGAGGAGGAGGUGGAGGUGGAGGUGGAGGUGGAGGUGGCGGAAGAGGGGGUGGUGGUGGCGGAGGCGGCGGUGGUGGUGGCGGUGGCCCAGGAGGUGGCCGAGACGGAGGCUUUGGAGAACACAGAGGAGGCGGGCGUGGGGGUAGAGGCGGCCCCAGGGGCGGAGGCCCUGGCGGUCCACCAUCAGGAGGAGGUGGAAGUGGAAGAGACGGUGACUGGAAGUGUACCAAUCCUGAAUGUGGAAACACAAACUUUGCCUGGAGACAACAAUGUAAUAGGUGCAAUGCUGACAAACCUCAAGGGGGAGGUGGAGGUGGAGAAGGGCCCCCACCACCACCUGGUGGUGGCGGAGGUGGAGGUCGCAGAGGUGGCAUGGAUGGAGGAAGAGGACGAGGUGGAAGAGGAGGUUUUGGAGGAGGUGGAUUCGGCCGUGGCGGAGGCGGUGGUGGUGGAAUGGACAGAGGUCGAGGUAGAGGAGGUGGACCAAUGAGAGGACAAGGGAGGGGAGGAAGAGAUCGGAGUCGCCCAUACUAA